AGACAGUAGUACAGCAGCGGCAUCAUCUACUCUGUGACCGGAGGAUAACUACUGCUGUUCACUCUCCCGUAAACCUAGCCUGUAGCUAACCACUGGUGCAUCCUUGAAAUUGUUAUUUUUUAGGAGUGAGCACAUUUCUGUUUUCAAAAGUAACACAGUUUUCCGGUCUUGAAUUCGGUUGUGUCAACCCCCUUUUCCCUGAGACUCACAAAAGACGCACUCCCAAGUCCACCUGGAUAGCUGACAGAGCAGUCCGGUCUGGUUCGAGGUCCAGUGGGGAGAGACGGAGAGGAGAAGUUAGCCCGGAAGGCAAGAAGAAGAAACAGAGAAGCCAGGAUGAAUCUCAAGAGUCAUAUGAUUUUCACCCUCUACACUAUUUAUGGGAUUCUUCUGAAAGUGGUGGCUUCAAAAGGCAAACCUCGAGGCAUCAGCGGUCAGUACCCUCUGGUUCAGAAUAUGACGGUGACAGAGGGUGGGACGGUGAACAUGACCUGCCGUGUGGAGUAUAAUGACAACACCUCCCUCCAGUGGUCAAACCCAGCACAGCAGACCCUCUUCUUUGGAGACAAGAAAGCUUUAAGGGACAACAGGAUUGAGCUGGUGCAUGCAUCGUGGUCGGAGUUGACCAUCAGCAUCAGUGAUGUUACGCUGACGGAUGAAGGCAUGUACACCUGUUCCCUCUUCACCAUGCCUGUGAGAACAGCCAAAGCCUACCUUACUGUUCUUGGUGUGCCGGAGAAGCCAGAGAUCGAUGGCCUGACGAAGCCUGCCAUGGAGGGAGACCACAUCACUCUGACCUGCAUGACUCAGGGCAGCAAGCCCGCCGCCGACCUGCGCUGGUUCAGGAAUGAAAAGGAGGUCAAAGGUGCCAAAGAGGUGAAUGCAAGUGGGAAGACCUUUACAGUGCGGAGCUCUCUGCAGCUGCACGUGGACAGAAAUGAUGAUGGAGUGGCCUACACCUGCAAAGUGGACCAUGUGGCACUCACACAGAUGCCACAGCAGGCCACUGAAGUACUGGAGGUCCAUUAUGCUCCUCGUGUGCAGAUCAUCAACUCCCUUACAGUCCCUCAGGAGGGUCAGUACUUAAAGCUGGAGUGUGUGUCCAAAGGAAACCCUUCGCCAGAUCCUGUGAUGUGGACAAAAGACGGAGGUGAACUUCCUGACCUGGACCGGAUGAUUGUAGAGGGGAGGGAGCUCACCUUUACUUCACUCAACAAGACAGACAAUGGCACUUACCGCUGCGAAGCCAGCAACCACCUAGGGACCAGCAGUGCUGAAUAUGUACUCUACGUCUAUGACGUCCCCACAACCCUGCCUCCAUCCACCACUCCCCCCCUACAUCCCAUCCCUCCAGAUCCUACCGCUCAAUUAGGCACCCACGCCUCAGACCCCACAGUCACUGGCAACACAGAUCCCAACGCGAUGGGGCAGCACGGCACUGACCAUGCCUUGAUCGGAGGAGUGGUGGCUGUAGUCGUCUUUGUCACCUUGUGUCUAAUCAUUGUUCUGGGAAGAUACCUGGCCAGGCAUAAAGGAACUUACUUGACAAACGAGGCCAAAGGGGCGGACGAUGCACCCGAUGCCGACACAGCCAUCAUCAACGCUGAGGGCAACCAUGCACACGCAGAAGAAAAGAAAGAAUACUUCAUUUAGACUGUAGAGGGAGCUGCUCUCUCUUUCCCUUAAGCCCUCUUUCAAUCUCUGUAUCUCUUUUUCUCUCUCUCCGCCUCCCCCUCUUCUUCUCCACCUCUGACAACUGCCCCCGCCGUAUCAACAAGAAACCCGCAGGCAGUCCACAGACAAGAGAAGUUCCCCAAGUGUUUUCCUAUUAUUGCCUUUUGUCUAUCAUUUACAUCGUGUCCUUUAUUUCUUUAUUGCUUUCUUCUUUUUUUGGCAGCCGGUUUUCACAGGCAGCUUGCAGUCGCUGCCGAAAUGAUCCCGUUCUAUUUCUUUCCUCACCUUUGACAUGAAUGCCUGGAAGUCUGUAUAUCUACCAUGACUGCUUCUUACAUGAGCCCUUCUUCAUCUUCUCUGCUGUUUCCCCUCUAAGCAGACACCCAAACACACACUAUAUCCCCUUUGUUCACACACGUCCACAAACACAUAUCAUAUCUCACAUCAACACGGUGCCUAAAAAUACAGACGCCAUUGAACUUCUGUCAAUGCCUUCAUGUAUCGUCUGUCAGUAGCAAUGUAAAUGCUUUGUAGAUGGGUUUACUGGACCGCCAUUUCAUUGCUUAGCUCACAGCUUUUUGAUUAUGCAUUGUGUCUUUUUUUAUUUUAUUGAAGAUCUUUGCUGUUUACGCCUUAUACAUGUCUAUCACACUGAAUAUGGUACUUUUAGAUCCACGUCCCCCGACCGCAUCCCCCUCUAGACUUGUAAUUAAACAGUUGACCCUUGUAAGAUAAGAAGAAGGUUUUGUGUAACACUGUAGCAAGGUUUGUCGGAUAAGUGUAUCAUAUGAUUUUCAUUAUUAGGGUAGGGGCUGUAAGGGUAGUGUGGUAUCGUUUAGAGCAGAGAAUAAACACAAAUGCUACAUGAAGCAUUCCAUUAAAUAAACUCAAUCAAGUGUAUAAAACCAUUUGCUAAAUCUGCUGUCCCUAUGUACUUUUCUCUGUAUAUUCCUGCACUGUCCAGGCUGCAGUUUAGCAACACACCAACACCUUCAAGGUCCUCUUGACGCUUACAGUAGUUUGUGAUUCAUGUAACGGGUUCAGGUGUACAGAAAGAAUACAUCUCCUCUCUCUCUCUCUAAAAGCUGUAUAAAUUGUACUGAAAUGAGUUUAGCUCUCCACUUUGAAUUAUUUGGUUUGUGUUUAUGUCACCAUUUAUUCAUUUUAAUACUUAAGGACCCCGUGAAAUGUAAGAUGAACCAUUAGGAGUUGAUCAAAUAAGUGCACAGUCAGGAGGAAAUGCAUUUGUAGUGUUAAAUCAGUUUUCCUCCCCCCUGUUAAUAAUGUCAAUUUCAUGGUUACCUCUUUAAGCUUGAGGUACAGAUAGCUUUCAACAGUGUUGUUUAUACACAUUCCUGUGUUGGUUCAUAAAUAAGCCUUGAUUUAAUUUGACUAAAACCACCUUUUUUGUAUUUCCAUCUCAAUUUAUCUCUUUAGUUCAACUGUAAAUAUCACCAACAUGCCGAUAACUCUCCCCAUUAUACUGCAUAACUGCUCUUCUAGUUUCCAUUUCGUUGGAGUUACUCUCCAUGACCGGAGUUUUGAUUUCCAUUUCAUGGGGUCUUCAAGCAAAAAAAGAGACAAAAAAGGAACUAGUGUGUGAGUGCUGGGUCACAGAUCUGCAGGGGCCUCCUUUCCAAAAACUAAAAACUGAAGAUAAAUAGAGAAGCACAAAAAUGUCUGAAUGAGAAACUGUGUUCCCUUGCCAACAACUGGAUUGCCUUGGGAAUGGUUCUCCUAUUCAAAUGGGUAGUGGAGAGAUGCUAAGGCUGUCUUUGAUUCAAUUCUGGAGAAAAAAAAUCUGUGCAUUUUUUUGAAAAUGUAAGGUAAAUCAUGUUUUUAUAAAAAAAAAAAGGAAAUGUUUUUAAUAUUUUUGUUUUAAAUGGUUCUAAGCUCCCUGCUGUGUAUUGUGUACGCUAAAAUGUGGUUGAUUGUGAAAAUUGCUGUUAAAUUCUGAAUUCCUUCAAAUUUGUAUAUUAGCCACCCUAUCUAUUUACUUUUCUUUUCCUUUGUAUCAAUACUUAUUGGAACAAUUUUAAACAAAUGUAUUUUGUUUCGGCACAAGGCAUGUAUAUAAUGUGUGAAAACUAAACUUUGGUUAUACACAUUAGCAUGUUUUUGUUUGGUUCUUUUUUCAUAUUGAAUUUAUUUAAACUGAAGUUAUUUGAGAGAGGACCGCCAUGAAAGUAUGUUUGUAACUUCAUUUCGGAGAGUCGUGGCUUCUUGUGAUUGUGGUGCUAAAAAUCGAAAGGAUUUGAUGUUGUAAAAAAUGUGAUUAGCAAAAAUGUAAAAGCUUAACAGAAAUGAAGAAAAAAAGGCCAUCUGCCGUCCCCAAAUCCUUAAAAUCAGAGUUGAAAUGUUUUCAGAGAAACACUACCUUCACGCUGGAGGCUUAAAAAGUUUCCCAUACAAACGAAAAAUAUCCUUGGAAACGACUUCUGUUUCUUUUCAUAUAUCCCUGCCAUUCGUCUUUCAUCAGAUUAAACUAAUUUGGCUGAUUUACUCUCCUGUGAAAGGGAUAAACACUGUGGCCUCUGGAACUAAAACUUAAAGGCAAGGCACUAAUCUACUAAGAGGGAGCAAAUUAUUACCAAGGGCAAUAAAAUACUGGGCCCAGCUGUCUCCAAUUCGAUGGCCAAUUUACAACAUUAUGCAAAUAAGGUCAGCAAGUAAGGUCUUUCUCUAUAUGUAGGACUCAAGCACUGCUGGAGUGAAUCACAAGUUGGGAGUCAUUAAACAUGUCACCAUGAUGUAGAAUUAAGGUUACAUUUUAAGGAUUGGUUUUAAAAAUGCAAAAGCUUAGCCACAUUUGCCAUAUUGAAUCAGUGCACUUGAAUCAAUAUUCAACUAUUUACAGGUUUGACUUCAGCCUCACCACAUUAUCCUUCAGCACUAAAGCGUUCUUAAGAAACCUUCUGUAUCACAUGUGUGUAUAGGAACAUUUAUCACAAUGGUGUAAUGUCUUUUUUUAACUUUGUUUUAUCUCUGGUUCUUUUCAUUGUGUCUUAAAUCAAUGACGGUGUCAAUCAAAUGUUCUGUUGUUUCAUCCAUCCUAGGAAUAAGACAGUGGUUUUGUUGAUUCUGAAGUCAGAGAAACAGGUUGUUUUAUAUUAAAUGAACACUCAUAAAUAACCGGGUCUGAGGUGACGAGUUGCUGUUUAGAACUGAGGCCAUUUACUGAAUUAUGCACUCGGACUAAUUUGAUGGAUAUUUCUUAGUCAAUGGGGAAGAGUGUUUGUUUUUCCUUUCUGAAAACCACGUGUAAAUAAUUGUUUUGACAUGAAAGUAAUGAGCUAAUUUGUUUCAAAUUACUUUUCAUGAUAGUUAGACUGAACCUGAAUCUUUUUUUAAUGUGUUAUUCCUAACAGCCUGGCACAUACCAUCAUGCACUCUUUUACUAUGAUGGAUCAACUGUAGCUGUGUUACAUCUUUUGGUUGGUUAUUAGUCAAUUUUAUUGUUAUGUUGUCGGUUAAAACUAAGCUUUAAACUUUUUGCCUCCUUGCUUUCCAUCAUACUGUAUAUGGGUUUGGUUAAUGUCCGGUAAAAAUGAUGGGCCUCUAAUUUCAUCCUGGCGGCAAGACAGUUAUAGCGCUGACAUACUCGCGGUGCAAUUUUCCUCAGGCACUCGUCCAUUAUGUAGACUGGCUUGGUACAUUUCCUGGCUUCAAACAAACCCACUUUGUUUGUCUGAAGGUGGGAGUGGUGCAGAAAAGAUGACUUGUUUAGCGCAGAUCAGGCAGUGCAAUACUGGCAUUAAUUUUGGCAUGAAAUUGCACACAAUUUUCAUGUCAGUGUUUCAGAAAAAAGGACCUGUACGCCAUCACGAAAAUAUCUUGUGUGCUGACUUUUAGUAUGUGUGUGUUCCGCCUGUGCAGGGUAAGCGAUAACAGUAACACUAGCAAGAUAUUAUGCUACAAGUUGCUGUCGAUGGGCACCAAGUGCAGAAUUAUAAUUAAAGUAACAUUAUAUCAAAGGGUGUCAGUGUAUCCUGAAAUUUAAAUUUGACAUUGAAAAGGGACAUCAGAAUGUCCUUGGCUGCAUAUUUGGGGAGCGGUUUUAUUGUGCCUUGCACCUCCAAUUUGUUAUUCAGCCCGCUUCCUGCCUGUCCGCUUCUUUUAAAGAGGGAUGAGACGAGCUGAUGCGAUUGGUUAUCAUUGAAGCUUGUCCAAACUCCAGCUACUGAUACUGCAUUAUGUACUCAUCCUGCUACCCGCCUUUUCAAAACACUGCACUGCCCCAGAAGAGCAUCUCUGGUCACAGAGUAUAACAGUCAGUUGGUGCACACACACACACACACACACACACACACACACACACACACACACACACACACACACACACACAGGCAUUUUCGCCUAAGAAAGCGCAAGCACUUGUCCACAUUUUUAGGAAAUUAGAGGCCCAUAUAAACUCAAGUAACCACUCUGGGUCCAUUACCUGAAAGGGAUGUCUAAGAAAGUAAUGGCCACUUUGAGUCAUAAUCUGUCUGAAAUACUUUACUGUACCGGUUGAAACGUUGUUUUUAAAUAAUGGUUUUAAUGGUAUUGGUCUCCACAGAAGUGAUGGUAGCAUGGCAUGUUUCGGUCCAGUGCUAUCGCUCCUCCUCUGACCCUUCAUUUGUGUUUGCUGUGCAGUUUGGCUUCAGCGCACUUCUUUGUCCCUCUGCACUGUUGACACUAAAACCAAUCAGCUUAAUCUCCACAUCGUCACAACGAUGACAAAACAUGUGACACAAUCACAUGUCGAGUUUUUUUUUCUUACAUUUUUUUUUGUUUUGCAUCUCAGGAAAAUAUUUCAUUUAGAGAGAUUAUUUUGUAGUUUGUUUGUUUUCUAUCUUAAAAUGGGGACUGGUGAGCACUGAUCACUCUGCUCGUCCCCGAAUGCCGACACACCAUGUAUUUGUUGAGUUUAAGAUUAUCGCAAUGUUAAUAAAAUUAUUCAGUGAUUCUUCA